CCCACUUGUGGGCAUCCCAGUCCCGUGGAGCAUGGAACAGCGCCAAGCACUCUGAAAGCAUAGUAUUCUGCUUGGCGGGCUGCCCCCUCUGUACUCUCGGCAGCCUUCGAGUUGUGCACCUGUAUGGCCGACCCAUCCAUCGGCGGCGGCCGUGAUGUGUGGGCCAGCACCGCGAUGCUCGAGGCGACGCGGGCCGAGCGCGCGCGCCACGCGGCGUCGUGCCGCGACGCCGCGGGGGCCAUCGCGGCGGCCGCGGCGAGACGGGGCCUCGCGCCCAUGGCGCCGCUCGGCCGCGUCGCAGCGCUGCGCGCGGCCCUGACGCGGCUGGGCCUCGACGACGGGGAACUCGCGUCGGAGGAGACGCUCGCGGCGGCGCUGGGGGACUGGGCUCUGCAGCACGCCGACCGGAACGUCGCCGACGACGGCCCGCACAUCGGCGCCGGCGACGCGGACGACCAGGACCUGCUCGCCGCCGCGGCUAUCUUCGACGUGCGCGUCGUCGUGGUCUCCGCCGCUUGCGAGACGCCGCUCGUCUACGAUUUAGGCAACGAGGACGACGAGGCGGUCGUGGUCCUCGGCCACGGCGGCGGCGCCGCCUACUGCGAGCUCGCCCCGAAGCACGUCCCGAAGUCUCACGCGCGGCGGCUCCACGCCGCGGCCUACGCGGCGCUCGUGGCGCAGCAGCACGCGCCCGCCGCGGCCCUGCGCUGCGUCCUGUGCGGCGCGGUGCGGCCGCGCGCGGGGCCGCCGUCGACGAAGCCGCCGCCGCUCGACGAGGCGACGCCGGCGGACCCGGACGCGCUCGCGAAGCUUCGAGCCGCCAUCGACGCGCGCGCCGCCGACGUCGAGUCCUGCGAAGCCGCGCUCCGGGAGAGCGAAAAUGACGCGUUCGCGGCGACGUUCGGCGGCUCCGGCGGCGACCCGGCGCUCGCCUCGGCCGCGGCGGUCGCGCGGCGGUACGCGCUCCGGGCCGCGCGCGCCGAGCUCGAGGCCUCGAAGGCCGCCGCGGCGGUCACAGAACUACGGCGCGACCUCGCCGAGGCGCUCGCGCGCGAGGCGGCAUUACGAGCGGCGCAUGCUGGGGCAUCAUAA